AUGCGAAAGGCAAAAAAAUCGGUUCCAAAGCGGGGAGUCGUCAAAAAGAAGAAAAUCUCAAAGGAAAACGACAAAAAGGAAAUAAAGUCUCAAAAAUCGACGAAAAGAGAAUCUUCAGAAUCUUCACAAGUUUUUGGAAAACGUCAAUCACCAAUCGACAUCGUUUCGAAGAAUGUCAAAAUUGAUGCAAAGUUACGAAAAAAUGGUGGUCUUCGAAUCGAUGCCAAAAAUUGCCACUUCAACCUUUCAAUUACUGAAUGUGGAUGGAGAGCCGAUGUUGAUGAGGGGACGAGUGUGGCUCUCUUAGCUCCACAUCUCAUCGGGGAUUUCUCGCUGGAACAAUUCCACGCACAUUGGUCAUCCGAUUCGAAAUGCGGCAGUGAGCACACGGUUGAUGGGAAAAGUUUUGCCGCUGAGCUUCAUUUCGUUUUCUGGGCCACCAAGUACGAAAGCUUUGCAGAAGCUGCUCAACAAAGUGACGGUCUAGCGGUUGUCGGCGUUUUUAUCGAGGAAUCAAAUAAAUCUAUCCCAAAACUUUUUGCCAACUCUAUCCAGGAAGCUAGAGAAGCCGGAAAACCCAUUGCUUUCAGUCUCGAUUUGGGAAAACUUUUACCAAGUAGAUCAACGUUCUGCACAUAUCCCGGCUCUUUGACAACUUGUCCUUACUCUGAAAGUGUCACAUGGAAUUUGUUCAAAGAAGCGAUUAGGAUUAGUAAACAAGAGCUUGGCAUCUGGCGUCAAAUCUCUCCAUCGAACUAUCGAGAGUGUCAAAAAAUGAACGGAAGAAAAGUGUUGUCUAGUGAGAAAUUC